CUUAUCAUCUGGUAUAUGAUUCUCUAGAAGAAGAAGAAGAAGAUGCAAACGCCACUUUUCAAUCUCUGCAAAAGCCUCACUUCUUCUCUACCUUCAUGCCAUAACCACAAUCAAUGCUUUGGGUUUCACAAUGCUCUUUUAGUACCUUCCAUCUGCGAUUUCCGGCGACCCAACGAUGGCGACGGGAGAAGAAUCGUCGCGCAGAGCUACAAUCCAAACGACGGAAACAGCCGUCCGGGAAACAAAGGGAAAGCGACUCUGAAGGGAAACAAAGAGAAUAUAUGGAGCGUUGAUAACGAGAUGGCGGAGAAGGAGAAGCGUAAGGGGAAGCCAAAAGGAAGGAGAAGAGGGAAGAGAGUAGCUGGAGGAAGGAAGGGUAAAUAUGGUAGGAUUUUGGUUUCAGGGACGAUGUUAAUCGAGAGUGAGACUGUUCUUCAAACCCAGGAACCUGUGAUAAAGCCAGUUUGGAGAACGUUUGCGAGCAGUGUAAGUGGGAUAUGGAAAGGUGUAGGAGCUGUGUUCUCGCCAAUAACAGCAGAGAUGGAGCCGAUCGAAAUCGGGAAGAAGAACGAGAAUCUUUAUGAUUGCUAUACUCUUUCUCGGAUCGAAGCGUUGCCAUCUCCUUCAUCAUCUGAGAUACAGAGGAAAAUCAAUUGGGUUACUUUGAAUCCUCAUGGAGAGUUGUUCCAGAAUACUGAGAUCAAAGAGGACAUAUCGGUUGACCAGACUGGUGUAGAUAGUCGUUUGCCUAAGUUCGAAUCUUUUAACUUGAAAGCAAGUGAUGUCAUGGAAGAGGAUUCCAUGGGAGACGAGCCUGGCCUCGUUUACUUUGAGGAUGGAUCCUAUUCCAGAGGUCCAGUUACAAUCCCUGUUGGGGAGAUCAGUGAAUCAAACUAUUACCUCACACCGACUUUCAAGUUUGAGCAGUGUCUGGUGAAGGGUUGCCAUAAGAGACUGAGAGUAGUCCACACCAUAGAAUUUGCCAAUGGUGGUGCAGAUAUACAGAUAAUGAGAGUUGGUGUAUAUGAAGAACAGUGGGUUAGUCCUUCGAAUUAUGAAGACCAAAGUGACAACGAUGCGCCACUGGAGUUAAAACCAUUCUCACAGAGGAAACGCACGCAACCAUCAGAACUAACAGGAUCGUGGAAAGUAUUUGAAGUAAGUGCAACCCCAAUCUAUGGAGAAGAAGACGGAAUGGAGCUGUUAGGUGAAAGCAGUGAAACCACUCCAUACGUGUACCUGUGCACAGAAGCUCUGAACAGAAGAAACUUACCGGAAAGUUCGGCUUCAUUUGGAGAGGAAGAGAUGAUAGAUAUGCAAGAUGUGUCGGUGAUGUGGCUCCCAGGUGGUGUGACUGCUUACGUGGAUGUGAAGAAAGAUGGAGUCUUGUGCGUCGGAGUUGGAUGGUAUUCAGAUGAAGGGAUCAAUCUUGUGAUGGAGAGGGAUUAUGGUUUGGAUGGGAAUCUUAAAGAAGUUAGAUCUAAAUCUGAAGUGAAGAGACGAUGGACAGAAGAACCUAAGUAAAACUCUCUCUGUUCUAUGACUUUCCUCUGUUUCAGAUUGAUGUUUAAUCGUGUAAGUACAUGUGAUACAGUACGAGGAAUGAUAUAGAGCUAGAUUCUAGAUUUCGUAA